AGGCAAUACCAGCUAUGAGGACGACUACUCUACUUUUAAGCCUUGGCCUUUUGGUCCUGUGCUUUUCCAGGUACAGUUUGGCCGAGGACGACCCCACCGAUGGAAGCACCACCCCAACCGAUGGAAGCACCACGCCUACUGAUGGAAGCACCACCCCAACUGACGGAAGCACCACGCCCACUGAUGGCAGCACCACGCCCACUGAUGGAAGCACCACGCCCACUGAUGGAAGCACGACGCCCACUGACGGAAGCACCACGCCCACUGAUGGAAGCACCUCUCCAUCGACCUCUCCUUCAACAGGCGAUAACACUAGUCCUUCAGCAGGAUCGCCAGACAGCACGCCCGCGUCCGGAAGUGGCAGCAGCAACAACAGCGGCAACAACAACCGGAACAACCGUCGGAGGCGCCGCCAGCGGGCUCAGCGCGCUCGACGCCGCCGGGCUCAGCAGGCUCGACGCAGGAGGAACCGUCGCAACAACAAGAAUAACAGGGUUGGCUAAGCAUAACCAAUGGUUUCUAAUU